GCGCGGAGCCGGCCCGACCUUGGGGCGGGGCCAUGGCUGCCACCGCCCCGCCCCGCCCCUCGCCGCCCCGCCCCUCGCCGCCCCGCCUCGCGGAAGGGAAAGCGAAAGCGGCGGCGGCGGCGGCCGGGGAGGGCGAGUGGUGCGAGGGGCCCGGCGGCAUCGGGGCGAUUUUUGCCGAGCCGCGACGCCCCGCAGAGGAGCCAGCGGCCGGAGCGAUGGAGGGGGCCGGGCAGGGGCCUGGCCUCCGGCUGCCCCGAGCGGGACGGAGAGGGCAUGCAGGUCGCUGGGAUACUGGGUUUAUACAACAAGGGAGAAACAGAAUAAACAAUGUGUCAGGCCAGACUCAUAAAACAGUAGCUCAGGCAGGGGAAAAUCCCCAAGCCAGUAAUUAUACUCUUCUACUUGGGCAAAGAGAAGAGAGAUCUGAAUAUUUCUUCAGUCAAGGAAGAAGAAACCAAGGUGGACAAACCAACAGUGGAGCCACAGGACAUUGGAAUGAACAGGAGAAUGAGGGGAGAGGAAAGUGGUAUCGAGGUGGACAAACACAUGAGAGGGCCAGAGGACCCUGGAAUGAGCAAGAAAAUGAGGGUAGAAGAAGGAGGUAUCAAGGUGGACAAGCAUAUGAUAGAGACAGAGGACUCUGGAACGAACAAGAUAAUGAAGGUAGGGUAAGGAGAUAUCAAGGUGGACGGGCAUGUGAGAAGGCCGGGGGACCCUGGAACAUGCAAGAAAAUGAGGUUAGGGGAAGGCGCUAUCACAGUGGACAAGCACUAUCUGGACAAGCCCAGGAAGAUGCUAGAGGGCUGAGGAAUGGACAGGAAAAUGAAGGGAAAGGAAGGAGCAUACAACUCAGGAGGAGUAUGCACUUCUACCAGAAACCUACCCCAGGUGGUGCUCAGCUCAGUGAGCAGCCUCAGCUCAGUGAGCAGCCUCAGCAAGUCAAAAAGAUUGGCUACAAAUUCCUAGAAGGUCUCCUACAGAAAGACCCUUCUGAAGUUGUCAUCACACUUGCCUCAAGUUCAGGUUUGAAGGAACUUCUUUCCCAAACCGCUAUGAAACCCAGUUUCGUUCAGCUCAUUUGUCAGGUGCUUCGAAAAGCAUGCAGCUCCCGAAUGGAUAGACAAAGUGUUCAGCAACUUCUUGGAGUGGUGAAGGAGUCCAACUUUCUCAAGAUCUGUCUGCCACAGUAUGUGUCUGACAUGGUAACAGAAGCAGUUCCUGCUGUCCGACAUCAGUAUCCUGAACAUAUUGGCAACAUCAUUUUGCUGCUUCAGGACCUAAUCAGUAUUUUCCCAGCUAGUUCUGUGCAGAAAAUCUCCAUUCUCUUAACAGUCUUGCCAGCAUCCAUAAAUGCCUUGCGAGCUUCUGGUGUGGACAUCACGGAAGAAACAGAGAAGAACCUAAAUAAAGUCCAGAUGCUUGUGCAGCACCUGCAAGAGAAGAGACGUGAAGGCACACUGAGGGCUGAUAACUAUACUCUUAUGCAGCCUCAGGCUGACGGUCAAGAAGAAACCUAUCGUACAAUGACCAUUUAUCCAACAUAUAAUGAGGUACACCAUGAUGAGAAACCCUUUCUACGUCCCAAUAUUGUUUCCGGAAGAUAUGAGAGCACCAGCAUUUAUCUUGACACUCAUUUCCGGCUUUUGAGGGAAGACUUUGUAAGGCCUUUAAGGGAGGGUAUCUCAGAACUUUUGCAGAGCUUUGAGGACAAAGGUUUGAGGAAGAAAAAAUUUGAUGAUAUCAGGAUCUACUUUGACACACGGAUUAUUGCCCCACUCUGCUCCCCAACUGGUGUCGUUUACAAGGUUCAGUUUGACACAAAGCCAUUGAAGUUUGUGCGAUGGCAGAACUCCAGACGUUUGCUAUAUGGAUCCCUGGUCUGCAUGUCUAAAGAUCACUUUGAAACAUGCCUGUUUGCCACUGUUUCUAAUCGGGAUAGUACAGAUCUUGCCAAGGGAAUUGUAGAGCUAUGUUUUAAUGCACAGAGCCAAGCACUGCUGGCAGAGGUUCGUCCCUCAGACUCCUUCCUCAUGGUAGAGACAACUGCCUACUUUGAGGCAUAUCGGCAUGUGUUAGAAGGGUUACAGGAAAUCCAGGAGGAAGAUAUCCCGUUCCAGAAGUACAUUGUGGAAUGUGAUGCACAGGUGAAGGAGCCAAAGUACCUUACAGUGGAUACUACAUACAACUUUGCACCCUUGACAGAAGAUCCCCUGGCAGAUGAAGAGAGAGCUCCUGAUGGUCUGAGAAGGCAAAGUGUCCGUGUUCUAGAUCACAACCAGUGGCCUUCAAUGGAAACCUUGGGACUAGAUGAGUCCCAGAUGGAGGCAUUGAGACUUGCACUCACCAAGGAGCUGGCUAUUAUCCAAGGACCCCCUGGGACUGGGAAGACUUAUGUGGGUUUGAAGAUUGUCCAGGCUCUCUUGACCAAUAAGAAUGUGUGGCAAACGACUGUCCAGAAUUCUCCCAUCCUUGUAGUCUGUUACACUAACCAUGCGCUGGAUCAGUUCUUAGAAGGAAUAUACACAUUCCAAAAACACGGGAUGGUACGUGUUGGGGGGAGAAGUAGCAGUGAGGUCUUGAAGCAAUUCACCUUGAGGGAGCUGAGGAAGAAGUGUGAGUUCCGACACAACUUGCCAAUGCAUCUCCGCAGAGCCUAUGUGAAUAUAACCAGUCAGAUGAAGCAGGCUGAGGAGGAGCUCCAUAAAGGAGCAAAGCACUUAGAGUGCACAACACAUGGAGUGCUGCAUGAACGUCACUUGGAAGCAUGCAUUGCCCCCCAGCACUGGGACAGUCUGAUGAAGGGUCUGGAUCAUGAGGAAUUCUACUACAGUGCUGCACAACACUCAGUGAUUCUGGAGUGGCUGGGCCUUGGUGUAACUGUUUUUACCCAGAGUGCUGCAGAGGAUAUAGAGGCUGAGAAUCCAGGUGGUCAGCAGGAGAGAGAGGAGGAGCAGGAAGGUGAGGCAGAAGAGCUGUUGGAGAUUCCAGAGGAGGCUGACCUGAUUCAGGCUGACAGAGUGAUUGAGGAUGAAGAGGCAGCAAAGCCUCAGAAGAGGAAGGAGGAAGAGCACAGGGCUGUUCGUGAGCUAGCCAGUGUGUUGUUGGCUAUGAAGCUGGAGAACGAAGAAGAAGGAACAGCCCAGCCACAACAGAAGACUGUGCAGUGGGAGAUAACUGCUACCCAGAGGAAGAAAAUGAAACAGAAGAUGAGGGUUGAGCUCUGUAAACUGAGUGCAAUGACGGAGUUAGAGGCCAAAUCUAUUCAGGAUCUGUGGCAACUAGACCUGAGCUCUCGCUGGAGGCUUUACAGGCUUUGGCUGCAGACCUAUCAGGGGUUUAUACGAAGGAGGAUUCUUCAGCAUGAACAGCAGUACCAGGCAGCAGCAGAAAGGCUAGCAGAACUAAGGCUGCAAGAAGAUCUGUGCAUUCUCAAGGAGGCUAAAGUUGUGGGGAUGACGACUACAGGUGCUGCCAAAUACCGUCAGAUCUUGCAAAAAGUAGAGCCAAGAAUUGUAAUUGUAGAAGAGGCAGCAGAGGUGCUUGAGGCUCACACUAUUACUACUCUUAGUAAAGCUUGCCAGCAUCUCAUUCUCAUUGGAGAUCACCAGCAGCUGCAGCCUAGUGCUAAUGUAUAUGACCUGGCGAAGAACUUCAAUCUGGAAGUGUCUCUAUUUGAACGGCUGGUGAAAGUUGAUUUCCCCUUUGUCCGGCUGAAAUACCAACACCGCAUGCGUCCUGAAAUUGCCCAGCUUCUCAGUCCUCAUAUAUACCAGGAACUGGAAAACCAUCCCUCUGUCUUGAAGUAUGAGAACAUAAAAGGAGUCUUAUCUAACCUCUUCUUUGUGGAGCAUGACUUUCCUGAGCAAGAGAUUCAAGAAGGGAAAAGCCAUCAGAACCCACAUGAGGCUCGGUUUGUGGUGGAACUGUGCAAGUACUUCUUGUGUCAGGAUUAUCUACCUUCUCAGAUCACCAUUCUCACUACUUAUACUGGGCAGCUUUUCUGUUUGCGCAAGCUCAUGCCAGCCAAGACUUUCGCAGGUGUGAAGGUUUAUGUAGUGGAUAAAUACCAGGGAGAGGAGAAUGAUAUUAUCCUGCUGUCACUUGUGCGGAGCAACAAAGAGGAGAGAACUGGAUUCUUGCAGAUCCCUAAUCGGAUAUGUGUAGCGUUAUCCAGAGCUAAAAAAGGACUGUAUUGUAUUGGGAAUAUGAGAAUGCUAGGUAAAGUUCCUCUCUGGAGCAAGAUCAUUCACACCUUGCGGGAGAAAGGCAACAUUGGCCGCUCACUGAUCCUUUGCUGUCAAAACCACCCUGAGACCAAGACGCUGGUAUCUACAGCAGCAGACUUCAGCAAAGUCCCAGAAGGAGGCUGUAGUCAUCCCUGUGAAUUUAGGUUGAGUUGUGGCCAUGUUUGCACAAGGGCAUGUCACCCCUAUGACACUCAGCACAAAAAGUAUCAGUGUCUGAAGCCUUGUCAAAAGGUGCUUUGUGCAAAGGGACAUCGCUGCCAACAGUCAUGUUAUGAGCCAUGUGGACCGUGUAUGGUGAUAGUAGAGAAAACAAUUUCAAAGUGUGGUCACCUGCAGAUGGUGCCAUGUUCUUGUCCAGAUAGUGAGUUUGUCUGCCAAGAACCUUGCCAGAAAAAGCUGAACUGUGGGCAUACAUGCAACAGAUUCUGUGGCCAGGAAUGUACUACACGGUGUCCUGAACUGGUUAAAGUCACACUGCAAUGUGGCCACACCCAGAAAGUUAAAUGUUGGAUCACUGAAGAGAUGAAACAUGGGAAACCUGUUGAAUGUAAAACUAAGUGUUCUGUCACACUGGAGUGUGGUCAUGCAUGCUCAGGUUCCUGUCAUACCUGCUUUGAAGGAAGAUUUCAUAAGCCAUGUAGCAGCCCAUGCAAGCGCUUCUUGGUCUGCUCCCACAAGUGUCAGCAGCCUUGUACUGUAGAAUGUCCUCCCUGUCAGCUUGACUGUCAGAACCAUUGUGUUCACAGCAGGUGUAAAAAGAAAUGUGGAGAGCGCUGUUUUCCAUGUGUAGAACCAUGUGAGUGGCAGUGCCAGCACUAUCAGUGUACCAAUCUUUGCAGUGAACCAUGUAAUAGGCCUCGCUGCGAUGUACCAUGUACUAAGCUGCUGCGAUGUGGACAUCCUUGUAUUGGAUUGUGUGGAGAGCCCUGCCCAAAUAAGUGCCUUGUUUGUGACCAUGAGGAGGUCACUCAGAUCUUUUUUGGCUUUGAGGAAGACCCAGAUGCUCGAUUUGUACAGCUUGAAGACUGCGGCCAUGUCUUUGAGUCCCAGGGCCUUGACCAUUAUAUGGAUGAAGAUGAUGAUGUCGUCAAGCUGAAGGUAUGUCCUGUCUGUCAGACACCAGUCAGAAAGAAUUUGAGAUAUGGUACCGUUGUGAAAAGGCGGCUGGAUGAGAUAGAGAAGGUGAAAGAGAAAAUCCAAGGCCCAGCACAGGAAAUCGAGUCUAGCAGACAAAGACUACAGGCUGCACUAAUAGGGAAUGCUGUUCUGCAGAGGAAUCUACCCCAUAAGUACCUCAUGUUGGAAGAUAAACUAAAAGCUUCUGAUCUUUCUAUAAAGAGUAUUGGACUAAUUGAGAACCAGCUUAACUUCUACAAGCGUGUAGCUGACCUAACUGAUUCUAUGAGCAAAAUUGAUGUGAAUGAGCGGAAAGGCCUGAAAAAGCGGCUGGAUGAAGUCCAGGAGUGGCUGGAUAUGCCACGCAUCAGCUUUACAGGGCAAGAGCUCUCUGACCUGCAAGCUGAGAUCCAGAGACUGACUCUUCUACAGAGCCUCUUGUCAAGGUGCAAAAGCGCAAGUGGGAUGAUCACCACAGCCCUCGCAGCAGAGAUUGCCUGUGUACGUGAGAUUUUGGAAGGGACAAAAAAGUUCACAGAGGCUGACGAAGCUGCAGUGAAGGCUCAACUGGAGAGGCUCUGCACCGCCUUGCCUGUGUCGGGGCUGGGGAUCUCCGAAGCUGAGCGGGUGCAGAUUGUCCGUGCCAUAGGCUGUCCCCGUGGCCACUGGUUCAAGUGCAGAAACGGGCAUAUCUAUGUGAUUGGGGAGUGCGGGGGGGCGAUGGAGAGGAGUAGGUGUCCCGAAUGCCACGCGGUCAUCGGGGGCACAAACCACGCUCUGGACAGCACCAACAGCCUCGCCCCCGAGAUGGACGGAGCGACCCACGCAGCCUGGUCCGAGACAGCCAACAACCUGCUCAACUUCGAGGAGCUGCGGCUGCUGCUGUAGCUGCGCGGCCGUCCCCGCUUCUCGCGCGCCCCCGCUCGCGGACACGGCGUCGGCUCUCGGGCCCCCAGUUAAUAAAGUGCACGCACGCGG